AUGCUUCUUUUCUCUUCACUCCUCCUUACACAGGUGAUAAACGUAUCAGGUAUCUCUGUAGGUGCUGGGCUCGCUUCUGCAUGUGACACCCUCAUAUCCCAGACGUAUGGCAGUAAGAACCUGAAGCGAAUCGGAGUGAUUCUCCAACGAGGGAUCCUCAUUCUCCUGAUCGCCUGCUUUCCCUGCUGGGCUCUCUUCAUAAACACUGAACACAUCCUGUUGGCUUUGAAACAGUCUCCUGCAGUGGCCAGGUUAACCCAGCUGUAUGUAUGGAUAUUCAUCCCUGGCCUUCCUGUAAGUAAAGCAUUUAAUAUUAACAAAGGAAUGCGAGUGUUGCAGAUGGAAAGUUAAAAAAAAUUAAAUAACAGUUGCUGUGAGCAA